CAAGCAUUGUAUCUCUCAUUAGCUUGUCUUGAAUUCUUAUUUUACAAAGAAAGUACUAUUUUACAAAAAAACAGCAUAUUGCAUACUGAAACGAAAGGUCUUAACCUUCUAAGACAACUUUGCUUAUUUUUGAAGCCAGUAUUAUAUUUUACAAGCUUAAAGGACAAGAAGAAUGGAUUGCUUUCACACAACACAGUUUUGUUUCAUUUCAGUAUCAUCUCUUAUGGUGGUAUAUCAAAUCUUUUGCUCAUCUUUAAGAAACGAAUAUACAUAUAUUACUUUAUACAAUAA